AUGGCGCCGGUCAUCAUUACAGGUGAGUCCGGUAGCGGUAAAGAGUUGGCUGCGAGGGAAAUUCAUACCAGCAGUGCCAGGUCAGAUAAGCCUUUCAUUGCCGUUAACUGUGGUGCGAUUCCUGAAACCCUGAUGGAAGCCGAAUUUUUUGGCUAUAGAAAAGGUGCGUUUACCGGCGCUGCUGAUGACAGGGACGGUUUUUUUCAGGCCGCCAAUGGUGGUACGCUGAUGCUGGAUGAAGUGGCAGAUCUGCCUUUGCCCAUGCAAGUCAAGUUAUUGCGUGCCAUACAGGAAAGAAGGGUACGCAAAGUAGGCGCUACCGUGGAAGAGGCAGUCGAUAAGAAGGACGCUUUCGCCAGGAUCUGUAUUACCGUCUGA